AUGGGAGACGCCACGAUCGAGAUGCCCAAGAUAUCCCACGAGCCUACCGUCUUGGAGAAUCAAAGCCAUCUCCAAACCCUUCCAGUGCCACCCAAUGCUGUCACUGCUCUCAGACGUCACGAUGAGCCCAACAUUAUCGAGGCCCUAGAUCUUAACUAUGUACAAGAAUAUUCCAAGCCGCCGUUCCUCGGAAGCGAACUGCCCAACGAAGCAGACGUGCCUGCUGCCCGACAAUGGCUAGACAAUGUCGUGAUGAAUCUGCCUCGGGGGCCUCCUGCCACAGCCUUCCGACAGCCAAUUGAACAAUUAAAGAUCGAAAAUGUUAUUGUAACGUAUGGCGGUGAUCAAUCUUACAGAGUCCGCAUCUAUUCUCCAAUCUCUCCAAGCCAGGGGGGUCGGCCAGCCCUUAUUCUGUACCAUGGAGGGGGCUUCAUUCAUGGAUAUCCCGAAGUCGACGAAGACCUUGCAAAGUUCUUCGCGUUAGAGCUUGACGCUGUCAUCAUCAACGUGGACUACCGCCUCGCCCCAGAGAACCAGUUUCCCAUACCACUUAACGACUGCUACCAGUCUAUUCAAUGGACAAUUGAUAAUGCCUCGAACUAUGGGGUUGAUGUUAAGUGUAUCGCGAUAUGGGGCUGCUCGGCUGGGGGGAAUCUCGCUGCAGCAGUUGCUCUGCGUGAUGCCAUGGAGCAUGAGAUACCUCGAAUCUGCCAUGUCAGCUUGGUAGUUCCCCUGGUGUGUCACCCAAGGCAGUACUCAGACGCUAUGCAGGUCAAGUCGUCAUCUGUGAAUAUGCUCGAGCAUAGGGAAACAGGCUUGAUCGGAGUGCAACUCCUACUUGAUAAAUAUGCUGGCGAGGAGUGCUGCUCUGACCUCGUAUCAGUUCUCAACGCUGCAGUCCCUAAGAACCACCCCCCGACCUCUACUACUGUUGGUGGCAGGGAUUAUCUCCGUGAUGAGGGCAUCCUCUAUUCGCUUCGCCUUAGGAAUAAUAAUAUCGACUCACAACUUGAGAUUAUUCCUGGGAUGCCUCAUGGAAUUACCUUCCCCCCAACAACACACGCAGCCCGACAGUUUUAUAUUAACCAAGUUCGUGUAUUAGCUAGCGCCUAUCAGCGGGCAAGUCACUAG